AUGGAAUGGGCACUGAGUGAUCACGCUCUAUCGUCCUAUACUCUACCAUCCGUCGCAAUCUACGACACACUUGGUCCCGAUUCGGUACAUUACGUGAUGGAGCACAGUGAAAUGGUAGCGGCCUUCUUCGAAAAGAUUCGUCUUGAGUCCGUCCUUGCAGCGAUUGGAAAGGGUCUACCACAUCUCAAGUACGCCAUUUGCUUUGAUGUUGUUACAGCGGAGGACAAGGCCAAAUUCGUGAAAGCGGGCGUUGAGCUGCUCAACUUGUACGAGCUAACGGACAUGGGCGUGGAGAAUGUGUUCCCACACGAUCCUCCCACUGCAUCGGAUGUUGCCGUGCUAAUGUACACAUCGGGCACCACAGGAAACCCCAAAGGUGUGCAGAUCACCCAUAGCAAUGUGAUGUCCGAUGUAGUGUCGCUUCAGAGACGACUCCAUGUGAGCAAUCGGGAUGUGCACUUCUCAUUCCUGCCCUUAGCUCACAUAUUCGAACGGGUGAUACAGGCGCUAUGCGUCAGCCAGGGUUGUAGCAUAGGAUUCUACCAAGGCAAACUGCCUGAACUUAUGUUGGAUAUCCAGACGUUAAGACCUACUUUCUUCGUCGCUGUACCUCGCAUUCUCUCGCGAAUCUACGACAAGAUCAAUCAAGGUGUCAAGGCCGGAGGGCCCGAGAAAGAGAUUGCUUUCAAGGACGCCUAUAACAUGCGUCUCGCAGCUCUGGAGCGUGGAGAAGACACCCCUAUGCUUAAUAAGAAAGUGUUCGAUCGAAUGGGUAUGGCGCUGGGUGGACGUGUCAAGUGGAUUAUCACCUGCUCUGCACCCCUCGGAACGGCGAUACACGAGUUUCUGCGUGUGUGUGUGUGUCCAGUUAUCAUGGUUGGCAAUGGAUUAACUGAGACAACAGCAGGUGCUACCAUAACCCACUACAACGGCAUGAAGCUCGGGCAUGUGGGCUCAGCCAAGGCUUCCAAUGAGGUUAAGGUGGUGAGUAUUCCUGAAAUAAACUACUUGACAACCGAUGAGUGCCCUCGUGGUGAGGUGUGUGUGAGGGGUACCAAUGUCUUUGGUUCGUACCUGAAGAACCCCAAGAAAACUAAGGAGGAAAUCGCGCAGAUGGCACCUUAUCGAUCAACGAUCGCCAGAAAUCCAUUUUCAAGCUGUCCCAGGGCGAGUAUCUAG